AUGGAUAAUUUAUCAAAAAUUACAUAUAUUGUUAUUACUACCGAGUUUUGGAGUGAUAAAAAACAAAACUCCUAUUUAGUUUUAACCGGACAUUAUGUUGAUGAUCAAUUUAAAAAACAAUUAACUGAACUUCAAAUAUUUGAUAAAGUUACAACAAUAACGUGCGAUGGAGCACCAAACAUAGUUGGUUUUUUUGAUUAUUUUAGUCGAACUGGCAUUUGGUUAAAAAAAGUAACUGUUAUUCAAGAAAGUGAUACAAAUAUGAUUGAUAUUGAUGAACAUCUAAGCCAAAUAGUUCGAACAAUUAAAAUCAAUGAAGAUAUUGAAGAUGAACAAGAAGAAGGCGAUGAUAAUGAUGAUGAUGAACAAGACGAUAUUGAAGAAUGCAAUCAAGGUGAUAGUGAAUUAGAAUCAGCAACAGCAGAUCGUUCAACAAGUGAUCAGCAAAGUGAUGAAGACGAAUCUGAAGAUGAAGAAAGUGAUCUGGAAGAUAACUUCCAAUAUGGUGUAAACACCGAUGAUGAUAAUAAUAUAUUACCAAUUGAAAUUGAUCAAAGAGUUGGUGAUUUCUUAUUUUUAUGUAGAGGACUUAUUGAUACAAUCAAUGGAUCGGCAGUAUUGUCUUUUUUUAUUUAG